CAACGAGUUCAUGUUGGCCGCUUAUCGCACCCAGCUGCACUUUUUCCAGCAGCGGAAACCGCGGCCCCAGAACUACCCAAGUACGUGCCCAGACCCAGGCGCACACACAAACACGCAUAAGAUAUCGAUCCGUGCACGCACACACAGAGUGAGAGAGAGUCCCGUGUACACGUAUAACUGACUACGCACACGCAUAUACGCUUAGACACAGACACGGGUACACAUAGACACGGACACACACACAGGCGCGAAUAGUCGGGUUCACUUACAGAGACACACUUCGCACGUACAUAGGUCGACACGGUCACUGGCGCACACACACAGACGCACAUUGACGCAGCAUCAGAAUACCGGAGAAAUCCGAUGAGCUAUAAAGCUCUUUUUCUACAGAUGUCCGGGAGGGGCGGGUACGCAUUGACACGGACACACUUGAACACACAGACAAAGACAGAAACACAUAAGCACACAUACACACACGUAGACACGGGCACACUUGCACACACAUACACACCAAAGUCAGAAAGACAAAGCCACACAUAGACGCACACGCAAAGACAAAAACAUAGACACGAAAACACAAAGACACGCUCACACAAAGACAAGCACACACAGGCACAUACAUAGACAUGCAAACACACACACACAGACACGCACACAUAGACACGCACACACACAGAGACGCACACACGCACACACAUAGUCACAGACACAUGCACACAUAGAGACACGCACAUAGUCACAGACAGACAUAAACACAGACACGCUCACACAUAGACACACAGACUCGCACACACAUAGACACACGCACACAUAGGCACAGACACACACAUAGACACAGACACACACAUAGACACAGACACACACACAGACACGCACACAUAGACACGCACGCACAUAGACACAGACAGACAUAAACACAGACACGCUCACACACAGACACACAGACACGCACACACACGUAGACACGCACACACAGACACACGCACACACACACAUAGACACAGACACAUAUAGACGCGCGCACACAUAGACACAGACCCACACAUCGACACAGACACACACGUAAACACGCACACACGUAGACACGCACACACGUAGACACGCACACACAUAGACACGCGCACACAUAGACACAGACACACACACAGACACACACAGACACAGACACGCACAGGGCUGCUGAUGCUGCUGUUCGGGGCGAUGCAGCUCGCGGUGACAGCGGCAGGAGCUGCAACUCGCACACUGCUGCUGCUGCAGCUGAUGGUGCUUGUGGUGGUGCUAGUGGUGGUGGAAGCGCCAGCGACAUCCACCAGGGAGCUGAGGAACUCCACGUCCCACGGUACGGGAGGUGAGGGACUGGUCUGCUUCUUGUGCAUGGAGAUUCCUGCUGCGCUCAGCUGCUCCUGGGAUCCGGCACAGAGACGCGAGUGGCCGCUCCUCACCACUCACUUCACCACUCACCAGCUGGGUGUGUACACCGACGGGUUCCUCAUCGGCUCGUGUCACUGCGCCCCUGGGCAGUGCGCGGGACCCCCGGAGGACGGUACCCAGCCACCAGGAGAUCCUAGCGGGGGCCUCGGGGACCCAGAGUCACCGGGGUUCGGAGAGAAGGAGCGGGGAGCGGAGGCUCAUGGGACCCCCUCGCUGCUGAGCUGCCAAGUUCCUCUACCCAGCGCCCUCAGCGACCCACUCGCCACCAUCUCUGUGUGGCUACAGCAGGAGACGACGGCGGCUGUGCCCGCCUCUACGAACCUCACCAACAACCUCACCAGUAGCCCCUACACCAACCUCACCACCCGCGUCUUUCACCUCAGUAACAUAGUCCGGCCCCGCGCUCCUGUGGGGCUGAGCGCGACGCGGAGGAGCCUGGUGCUGGGGCUGCUCGUGCGGUGGAGCAGCGGCUACAACCGCCAAAGCCCGCUCUGGGAGCAGCUGCACUACCAGGUGCAGCAGCAACGGGAGGCGACGGGUGGCGCCGUAACCUGGCAGCUGCUUCCGGGCCUCCUGCGCUCCCCCGAACUCCGUCUGGGACCUCGCCCCCCGCGGGGGGGUCCCUCCCUCGCUGUGCGCGUGCGCUCGGCCCCCGCCCCCGACUCCUUCUUCAGUGGUACGUGGAGCCCCUGGUCACGCGCCCUCGUCGUGCCGGAGGUCGGGCCGGCUCGGCACCCCGCCACGGCCCUCCCCCACCCCGAGCGUCCCGCCCCCGUGAAAACCGGGGAGCACGUCAGGCAAGGGGUCAGAUACCCCAGAGACCUCUCGGUUCCGAUCGCCCUGGGGGUCAUGUUUUUCUUCUUGAUGCUGGGAGCCGCGCUCAUCAUGAUCUUUUGGAGCAGGCUGAGGGGGUCUGUGUGGCCCCCCGUUCCGGACCCGGGAGGGGUUGUCCGGAGGCUGCUGAAGGAGGUGGGGACGGUGAUCGACUCCCCCACACAGGGAACGAUGCACAACAAGGGCGGGAGCAUGGGCACUAUGACGGGCAAGGUGGCCGUCCUGGAGGCCCAGCCGCUCGUGGUGGUGGUGACCAGCCCAGACCCGGAGCAGACCCAACUCGACCCAGACCCGGCCCAAUGCGACCCUGAUCCCGGGACCCCUGCCGAGGCGCCGCCGGGGCCACCGGGGGCCCAGUGCCUGCUCCCCUCAGCCCCCGCCUCUGCCCCGAGCACGUGGACCCCAGGGCCCCUGCUCACACCCGGGAUCGACUACAUUAGCCUGGAGUAACGACGGCCAGGCCCCGACCUGCACUGACCCCACCUACUCUGACCCCACCUGCACUGACCCCACCUGCACUGACCCCACCUGCACUGAC